UUGACAUCUGCCUUAACGCAACUCUAUAUUACUCUGGGAACAACACCAACUUUCCUGUUCCCAUGUGUUUCUGGUUACUUAAGUGGUUUCCUCUCCGAUUUCGGAAUUAGACCUUUGGAUCAACUGGGUAUCCAAGUAACAUUGAUGAAUAUCAGUAAAUCCUUCACUCUCCUUCUCACGAAUCAACGUAGAAUCACUUCUGGGAUUCUUUACUUCAUGAUUGUGGAGUUUGUUGGAUUAUUCUGUCCAUAUAUGAUCUUUUCGGCAUGUUAUUUUCUCAGAGUGGGGAAUACAGUCGUCUCUGAUUGUUCCUUCAUCAUUAUGAGUAUAUAUCCCAUAUUUGGUCCAUACUAUGUUCUCAUGUCCAACACAGAUUACAGGAACAGAGUAAAAGGCAUACUUAAAAAAGCUCAGGAACUGGGAUCUCGUUCACCGACCAGUUGA